GGGGAGGCACUGAGCCCGCGGGCAGCAGGAGGAGGAGGAGGAGGAGAAGGAGGAUGAGCACCGGGGUGCUGAGCCCUGGGGGGCACAGAGCUUCCAGCAGCCCCCAACAGACCUCAUCCAGACCUCGGACGUCCUUCCUCAUCCAGGACAUCCUAUGGGAUGGGGUUGAGAGGGGAGCACAGAUGGAUCGAGGCGGGAUACCAGAGGAUGGGGAGCAGCAGGAUGGCCCUGCAGUAUCCCCAGCACAGCCCCACGAUGCAAAUCCAGAUGCUGAGACCCCACCAUGCAGCCGUGACCCCCCCCAGAAGGUGCUGCCCCGACCCCCCCGGCCAGCAAAGCGCUCGCGGGCAGCCUUCACCCACAGCCAAGUGUUGGAGUUGGAGAGGAACUUCAGCCGCCAGAAAUACCUGUCAGCCCCUGAGCGAGCCCACCUGGCCCAGAACCUGCAGCUGAGCGAGACGCAGGUGAAGAUCUGGUUCCAGAACCGCCGCUACAAGACCAAGAGGAGAGCGGGGGGCUCCGGGUUGGAGGUUGGGACCACUCACAAAGCAUCCGUGCUGCCCCCAGCCCCACUGCUGGCCGCUCGCUGCCUGCCCUGCUUGUGUUACUGGAGCCCUGCCGCCUGGUGAGCGCCGUGCUUGCUGUGUUUUCCCCUCAAAUGCUGUUGUGUUUUUUUUCCCCACCCCCUCUUGCCAUGUUGCCCUUGGCCGUGUUGAUUCAGAGAUGCGCCGUCAAGUCCAAGUGAUGCUCUGUGUCCUCUAGUACAGCACCAGCCUCUGUCAUCGCGAGGGUUUUAGCCAAAGAAUCAGAAGUUAUCAAAAAUUAAAAAUCCAGAUUAUUAUUAUUGCCAUUAUUAUUGUUGCUAUUAUUAAUAAUAAAACCCCAAAGCUUUUAAAAGGCUCGAUCUGCAGCAAAGAAUCCCACGCGAUGCCCAGCUCCCUCUCACUGCAUCACCAUCCUUUCUCACUGCCAGCUUUCAGCCAGAGCAACAACAAGCCCUACAAACUAAACGUCCCCAAAGCUUUUAACAGCACCUGCAGUGAUCAAACACUGCAUGAUUUUGGGGGCAGAAAGCCAGAAAUGGUGUAUGCCUGUAAAGAAAUAAUUCCCCAUCCAUCCCUCUGUAAGCAAUUCUUUGCUCCCUCCCCCUCCCCCCCACCAACUGGGGGAAGCACAACAGCUCACCCCAUGCACCAGCUCUUCCAUCAUGUGAUUUUUAGUUGUUAUCUUUAAAAAAAAAAAUCUGCAUUUCCAUCUCCAAUCCAUCCAUUGCAUAUUUUCUCCAAGGUUUCUAUAUGUGUUGGGUUUUAGGGGGCAUUCAGCCCCACCUUGCUGCAAGCAAUAAAGCCCCUCAGGUUCCCAAUGGGCACAGAGGUGCUGCUGGGGCUGCCCGAUGCCACCAGUGCCAUUGCAGAGUGGGAAUCCGUGCCAGCAGGCUCCAGGAAUGGGGACAAUAGCACAGUGACAGAUGGGUUUUGCAUAUCCGGGUGCUGCCGCUGCUGGAACGCUCACAUACAGUCUGGUUAAAAUAGCAACAGCUCAAAGAGUUCAGCUUCCACAAACCUCCCAGGGCCAAGGCUGCAGGGUGACAAUUCUGCUUGCAAAGCUCACGCACGCACGUAGCAAAUAUGGAGCUGCGGGGUAGGAGGAUGGGGCAGGGAAUGUGCAAAGCAAAACUUGAGGUGGAUACUCAGUUGCCAACGCCGUAAAAGCUGUUGGCUCUGCUUGGAGGACAGCGGUCUGAACCAUCCCAAAGUCACUCCUACCUGCUGAUAACGCUUUCUCCCAGCUCCUGCUCUCAGGCUGUGUUGCAAUGUGGCUCCUGCACAGCCCUGCUCUCAUCCACUUUGCUUGGAACAAAGGAGUCCUUGUGCUCCUCGAGGGGAGGACACCCUGCAGAAUCCACCCUGGGGUGCUGCUGAACGCAGGGACACGAUGCUUGCACCCUUAGAAAGAAUGGGAUGGGGUUGAUGCUGCAAAAAAUCUACUGCUGUGUUGGGAGGGACCAAAUUGA